CCUUCAUAAAACUUAUUUAUAGGUAUUGGCAUUGGAUAUGGAUGAACCCACCUUCGCUACUUUUCUACGGACUAUUUAGGUUCAAACCUCCAUUUUCGAGCUCCGACGCGAAGCAAGGACGCUGCAACAAGAGCUAGCGGGAACCAAAAAUGGAGUUCGCAAACAGAUUGGUCGGCGCAGCAAUGAGAGCCAGUAAUAACAACACAGUGAUAAACGUAUGCCUCGUAGGAUCUUUCGUGGUGCUAAGCGUGCGAUCUGUGAGCCAGCAAAAGGACAUAGAAGCUCUGGAGGCCGAGAAGGAUUCUUUGAUAAAAUCAAACAAAGCAUUGAAAAAGACUAUGUGGGACUGGAAACAACAGCUUUUCGCUGAAGCAGACUCCGAUGCCGCCUUGGUCCCUCUUGCCAGACUCAAGUCCAUCUACGGCGAGGUACCAUCGCCUCCAAUCGGAAAUAUUGUGAAAGAAGAUGCAAAAUCACCUGCAUCUAAACUUGUAAUUUAAAGUUGUUUUUAUUCUGAGUUCUUUACUUUAGCAAGCAUGAAGAUCAGAAUGUAAUCUCUUACUAAGGCAGACAGUAGUAGUUCGUAAUCUUUCAAACAAUGAGUCAGAUUUAGGGGCACGGCACCCCCUUCUCCUUUCUAAAAUGCUGCUGGAUAUUGGGUGAAGAUGCUCAAACCUUGUCAUGCUUUUAUCAGUUUUUGGUAGAACUAUCAUUACAGUGGAUAAUAAUAAGAGCCAUUGUUUGUUGGUGAGCUUGCUCGAGACUUUGUAGCCUUGGCUUAAUUUUCACCAGAAUUCAGCCAUAGGGUUACAAGUGCAUGCAACCUUUGGAAUGUAAGAAGUCAGAUAAAAAUAAAUAAAUAAAUAAAUUCUAGUGGGACCCUUCAA